AUGUCCGAACCAUCUACCGAUGUAGCUCCAAGCAGCAAUUGGACUGAAACUCCGGUCAGACUGACAAUCGGUGGAAUAUACCGAAAGACUGAUCCUGCUCGAUUCAAUAUCAUCUCUAUCGAACCGGACCCAACGAGUCCUGGUGAUCUCAAUACAAUUGAGCAUCUCAGUCGGCAAAUUGGUGAUGCUACGAUGAUCUUGAAGACUGACGUAGAUGGCAAGCCCGAGCUCGUCGCUCCAUACUAUCCUGGUAAGUAUAGGAGAAGAUUCCAUGGUAUCACUUGCGAUGAGGAAACUGCCGAAAGCAUCCGAAACGCCCCGCUUUUCAAAGAAACUACCAUCUCAGGUAUAUUGUACAGUCUUCCAAAUGAAAAUUUCACGACUGAGGAUUCAGCAAAUUCGACAGGCGUUGAGGGUGUCCAUCCCAAACUGUCAGAAAGUUCAGUCAAAGUGAAUGCAUACACAGCUAGCUCGACUGUCAAAGAUGGCACAGGAAAUACCAUCUUGUAUUUCGACUCUGUCAAUCCAGCUACUGACGGGGAAGACUCACAGGAUAUCCUCUUUUUGAAAAAAUACAUGGAAGGUGGAGAGUUUGUCGUCGCGGAAAACCCGGAAGAUGGAACACUCUAUAAUCUUCAGCCUGACGAUAUUUCGAUCUAUGGUACAGCGAGACUUCGUGAUGAGACCGAUCAUAUACCCUACGGUCUCAAGGCGGAUACUCAGCUGAUUGAGGAGUCUCGCAGGACUGGAGGGGAUUUAGCGAACCACGGUCCAGUCACUGGCACUAUCUAUUGGAAGCCCAUCGAUCAGGAUGAGAUGUUGGCAUCCUGCCAAAGGAACAACAGAGAUCUGGCCAGUGUGAAGUCCAAUACCUCCCAACAAUAG